CUUCGCUACGCAAUGUUGGAAUUUCCCAAGUAUCGCGAGAUGCCGCGAGACGAUGGCGUCACGCUCACAAGGAGGCGAUCAUCACCCAGGAAAGGGAAGGGAAGGGAAAUAAGGGUAUCUUUGCAAGGAAAGAAGCUUUUGCUAGAAAUCCAGGAUGAAAGGUCUGUACUGCAAGCUGGGUGAAGCCAAUGAGCUGAAGUUUGUUAUACAGGAGACUAGUAUAGCUGCAACUAUUGGUGAUCAUCAAGUCAAAGUUCAAGUCAAAGGCUGUUCGCUUAGUCCUGUGGACAUCAAGCUGUGUGAGGAUUUAAAGCUGCAGAGGGAGCAUGUUCCUGUUGGACGAGAGAUAGCAGGAAUUGUGCUCCAAGUGGGGCCCAAAGUCACCUUCUUUCAUCCGGAUGAUGAAGUUGUAGGAAUUCUACCCCUGGAUGCUGAGAUGUCUGGCCUUUGCGACGUCGUCCUUGUGGAUGAAUAUAAUCUAGUUCAGAAACCUGAGAAGGUUAGCUGGUUUGAAGCAGCUGGAGCAAUCAAGGACGGUCUCAGGGCCUACACGGCGCUACACACUCUGGCUCGCAUGGCUGUCGGACAAACGCUGCUUGUACUGGAUGGGGCAAGUUCGUUUGGAGUCCUGACCAUCCAGCUAGCUCAUUACCACGGAGUGAAAGUCCUCGCUACUGCCAUAUCCCCUGAAGACCAGAAGUUUCUGGAACAGCUUCGACCGAGUGUAGGUGUGCUGGAAUCGCUCGUAGCGCGGGUGAUUGGAGUCUGGGAGUCAAAAGUCGACCUGGUGGACUCCUGCCUGGAAGAGACUGGUGGACUUGGGGUGGACGUAGUGAUUGAUGCAGGAGUGAGACUAUACGAAGAGGAACCCGAGGUCAAGAAACAUCUCCCGCACAAGCACGACAUCAUCUCUCUUCUUGCAGUUGGGGGUCAUUGGGUCACUACAGAAGACAACUUGCAGCUGGAUCCCCCAGACAGCCGCGCUCUCUUCUUGAAAGCCGCCUCCAUCUCCUUUCUAAAUGAAGAAGUGUGGGAAGCAUCCAGAUCCAGACAGGGCCGAUAUCUCCAUAUAAUGAAGGACGUGGUGGAGAAGCUCUCAACAGGGAUUUUUAGGCCUCUGUUGGAAAACCCUGUGCCGUUAUACGAAGCCACGGUUUCUAUGGAGAUGGUGCAGAGACGACAAGUCAGAAAGCGUGUUGUAGUGAAGCUUUAAUUAUUCCAGAGGUCCAGCAUUCCAUGAUAAAAUGGCUGUAAAGUAAAAAAUUAAACACAAAUAUGCUGAUUUUAUUUCAGCAGUCAUUAAUGUGUGUAUUUUUCCUAAUAAAUAGCUAAAGAUUCUGACUUGAUUGAAUUCUAUACAAAUGUUCCGAUAUUAGAUUCUUUUGUUAUCGUCAUUAUUAGUGUCUGAUACAGAAUACAGAGAUUGAUGUUUUUGUAUGGCAUAUUGUAAAAUUGUACAUUAAACAGAUGCAAAUAUUAACUCAA